UGGACUAACCUUCCACUGCUACUCGUCUACCUAGCGGUCAUAGUGGGUAGCCUAUGGGCCUUCCUCUCCCUUUACAAACAGCGUCAGAUCACCAAAGCCGCGAAGCUAGAACCCUGGUUCCCUCCCCAUCGGCAACGAGACGUCUAUUUAAGUCUGUUGCAUCUGGACCCAUCAGAGGCCAGCGAAGGCGGCGAUGGUGAAAAGAAGCUGAGUAAGGUGCCGGACUCGGUGCUCAAAGCGGCACUAUUGCAGCGCGCACUCGAGGACAUUAAGCGGAUAGUACAGCUGAGGUCGUCGAAGCCGGCGCUGCAGACGCUGUUGCAGAGGGGUUCCGUGGGAGAUGAGCUAUGGCAGCGCUUUUUGCGAGCGGAGAAGGAGAUUGAGGAGGAGGUCAAGGAUGUGGUGAAUGAGGCCAACGCUUUCGCACCAAACUGGGGCCAAGUCAUCUUCCAAUCCGCCAACGAAAUGAAUCAGAAUCUUCUUAUCAAGCAACGGACCGCGGAGAUCCAGGCGCAGCUAGAGCAGGAGAAGGCGUGGUGGGAGAAGAAGCGGGCCGGUAUCCAGUCCGAUUUCAUGAAGGAGAUUGGAGCUGAAGAGGCGGAGGACGGCAAGGCGCAACCACCUGAAGCUCCUUUGCAGCAGAAGAAGAACGGAAGUAGCGAUGAAGAUGCUGUGCUGGUGGAAGCCGGCGGCCCGGCGCAGGCGCAAGGA